UACUUUCUAGCUAAUUAAUACCAUUUAUACUUAAAUAUUACUAUAAUGUCUGAAAAUCGUUAUCUUUGCCUGUGCCCUCAUCGUGAAGGAAAGUUUAUCACGAAUGCUGCUGGUAGACGUUUAAUCAAUUCGUCCACAACAUUCACUACGGUGAUGUAAUAUUGGUGCAACCCGUUGACGCCACAAUCGGUUGAAGUUCCUACAUUGAUCGCUAUGGAUCGGCCCAAAGACAAUAAAGCCGAUUACACGGCCUUAGCCGGAGGACUGACCGGCUGCAUCACACGUUUCCUCUGCCAACCGCUGGAUGUACUGAAAAUUCGCCUCCAACUGCAAGUGGAACCAAUUAGUGCUCGAUCUGAGAUCUCCAAGUACCGAUCGAUCGUUCAAUCUGUGGGCUGCAUCUACAGGGAGGAAGGUUUGCUUGCUUUCUGGAAAGGACACAAUCCGGCGCAAGUGCUUUCGCUGGUUUACGGAGUAGCACAGUUUUCGUUUUAUGAGCGUUUUAAUUUGAUAUUGCGUGAUAUGGAAACGUUUAAAGGACACGAUCUAGCGAGACAUUUUGUUUGUGGGGCAUGUAGCGGUUCGUUUGCUUCACUUACGAUAAUGCCCCUGGAUGUCAUACGAACUAGAGUGGUAUCCCAGGAUCCUGGCAAAGGAUACAAGAAUGCAUUUACAGCAGUCGGCACUAUCUAUCGAGUAGAGGGAAUAAGAGGAUUAUAUAGAGGAAUGGUUCCAGCCCUGUUGCAGAUCGCUCCGCUCGCCGGAGGACAGUUCAUGUUCUACAACCUCUUCGGGAGCUUCGUCAGACGAUUGGAACAUCUUGAUGAGAAUACAACCCUACCGCCAACGGAAUUGCUUUUGUGCGGUGGAUUGGCAGGCCUCACCACGAAGUUGAUAGUCUACCCGUUGGAUCUGGCUAAGAAGCGACUUCAUAUACAGGGAUUUUCCCAGAAUCGACAGACGUUCGGGAAACAUUUUGUAGCCAACCGCUUGUUCCAGUGCCUUUAUCAAGUGUGUCGAGACGAGGGCAUACAAGGUUUAUACAAGGGACUCAACCCGUCCCUCCUGAAGGCUGCUAUCACGUCUGCAUUUUACUUUGCCAUAUACGAUCGACUGCUGCUGGUGUUCAAUAGUGGUUUCCGAAAGCCUGACUAAGUACCUUUUUCUUGUUUGAUAUGAUUGACUAUCACAGUGCAAUUAUGUGAAACUGGACACACGUUUUUCCCGGGGACACAUCCGAGCCAUCACUGUACGGACAAUAGGCACUUCUUUGUUGGUCCCAAAAAGGUAAUCAGGGAUAUUUAGCCCUGAUAUUUCAUAUGUUGUGCAGCUAAUUUUUGAUUUAGUUACAGCAUAA